GCAUAGUAUUCCGUAAUCUUUGAAUAUUAUGGCGGGUAGAAAAUAUCACAGUUCAAAUAAAUAAUGCGAUUGUUUUGGACGACCUGUUCGUAGCAACUGAAAUCGCCUAUCACAGAAAAUUGUAGUUAAGUCAGAGAACGACUGAAGAUUCAUACAGGCAGCGAAAAACAAAGUGCAAUGCAAGCGUGUACAAUAAACUGCAAAACACCAAAAGAUAAUAGUUGGAACUCACAUUAGCCAAUUAUGCGUUAAUAAAUUACCACACGAAGGUUGUUACUAUGUGUGCUAACAUUCGUUUUCAACAGGCUAGAUCUCCUGGCAACAGUUUUAUGCGACGCAAAAUUCCUGUUACGUUCAGGCAUCAGGAUUUUCGAUUUUAAAACGAGCAUAGAUAUAUCUGAAAUCUUGCUGGCAGAACCAAUAGGACAUCGUAAGGGCCAACACUUCGCGCGGAAAUAAAAAUGAAAAUGCCACGAAAAAUGCCAAAGUCAAGAAUCAAAGAAGAUCUUAUGACAGGCAUAAAUGCCUUUUUCAGCCAAGAUGCAAGUGCUGGACUUAGUAAAAGACAUUAUAUGGAACUAUACACUUGUGUAUACAAUUUUUGUACUAAUACUGCAGAUAACCAAGAUACUUUGGCAGCUGGAUCAAGAGGCAGCAUGGCCAGUGCUGCUUCUGAACUAUAUUUGUGUUUGCGUCAUUUUCUAGAAAAUCACAUGGCUAAUCUCCUAUCUGGGAUGAAAGAUCUUUUAGCUGAAGAUCUGUUGCUGCAUUACACACAGUGUUGGGAAACAUAUCGUUUGAGGAUACACGUAUUAGAUGGUAUUUGUGGUUAUCUAAACAGACACUGGAUAAAACGUGAAGUUGAAGAAGGCCACAGGGAUAUCUUUGAUAUUUAUCACACUGGCCUCUAUGCAUGGGUUUGUGGCAUGUUCUGUCCACUAACUGUUCAGUUGACAGAAGCAGCAUUAUCACUAAUUGAUCGGGAGCGCCAUGGAGAAACAGUGAAGAAUAUUCAUCUGGUCCCACUUCUAGUACGUUGCAUGGUAGAAAUUGGUAGUAUCAAGAGCUUUGACAGAGAUGCUGAUACUCAGGGCACAGAGCAGUGUCAUCUGUAUUUUUAUCGUCGAUAUUUUGAACUUUAUUUCAUUGCAGAAACUCAACAAUUCUAUAACUUGGAAUGCGCUGAUUUCUUGUUUCACAAUCCUGUAUCCAGGUAUGUUCGCAGAGUGGAGCAGCGUAUCCAAGAAGAAAAGAAGCGUGUAAAUCUGUAUUUACAUCCUUCCACAGAGAUACCAUUAAUUGAAUGCUGUGAGAAGAUAAUGAUCUCUAGGUAUAUUGAGCAGUUGCGUUUAGAAUUCCAGGCACUUUUGCAAAAGACAUCCAGUAAUGAUGUAACUGAGGAACUUCGAAGAAUCUAUCAGCUUGUAGUACGAGUUCCAAAACACAUUAAACUUUUUACAGAUCUGUUAGAGGAACAGGUAAUUCAGGAAGGUAAUGCAGAAAUUGAGAAACAGGAUGCUGAUGUUUCUCCAGUUACCUAUGUUCAAGCACUUUUGAGGGUUUACAAAAGAUUCAGUACUACGAUAGCAGAAGCAUUUUUAAAUAAUGGUGCAUUUGCUGCAUCACUUGAUAAAGCUUGCAAACAAUUUGUUAAUGAUAAUGCAGUCACUCGUGCUGCACCUACACAUCAGUCAAAAUCACCUGAACUGCUUGCUCGUUACUGUGAUGUCAUUUUGCGGAAAGGGCCAAAAAGUUCAGAAGACGAUGACAUUGAGGAUAUGCUCAAUGAGGUUAUGAUUAUUUUUGCCUAUGUAGAAGAUAAGGAUGUUUUUCAGAAAUUUUAUGCUAACAUGUUGGCACGUAGACUUGUAGCAGGAUUAUUAACCAAUGAUGAUGCUGAAGCAGCAAUGAUAUCCAAAUUGAAGCAAGCAUGUGGUUUUGAGUAUACUUCAAAGCUGCAACGUAUGUUCCAGGAUAUGGACUUAUCAAAGAGUCUUAAUGAAGGCUUUAGGGAAUGGAACAGCAGAGAUGAAGAAAAAAGUAAUGGAGUGGAUUUCAGUAUUCUGGUAUUAUCCUCUGGCUGCUGGCCAUAUCAGAUUUCAGUCCAGGAAUUUAUUGUUCCACCAGAAUUACAAAACCCAAUACAGCGCUUCACUCAGUUUUACACUACACAACACUGUGGUCGUAAACUUAUCUGGAUGCAUUCAUUAUCACGUGGUGAGCUUGUAACUAACUGUUUCAGCAUGCGCUAUACAUUACAAACUUCGACAUUUCAGAUGGGUGUUUUAUUACAAUUUAAUGACCAGUUGUCAUGGACUGUAGCUCAGUUAAUGGAGUCAACUGGAAUCUCUCAGGAUGUAUUGAUACAGGUUAUAAGAAGUUUAAUCAAGGCAAAGCUGCUUGUUGUAGACGAUACUGAUGAUAGCAUUGAAUUAGAAACAACAGUCAAUCUGUCCUCUGUUUACCAUAACCGCAAAGUCGUAGUUAAUAUAAAUCUACCAACAAAAGGGCAGCUGACUAAGACAGAACAAGAAAAAACACACUGCAACAUUGAUGAAGACCGCAGAGUACUGAUUCAAGCAGCGAUUGUGCGAAUUGUUAAGACAAGGCGCACUAUAAAACAUCACCAGUUGGUAGCUGAAGUGCUGGAAUUUUUUUCCUCUCAGUUCCAUCCUGAUGUACAUACAAUUAAAAAAUGCAUUGAUAUACUGAUUGAGAAAGAAUAUCUGGAGCGAUCUGAGACAGAGAAGGAUACAUAUAAUUACUUGGCAUGAAACUGUGGAGAUAUGUGCAGCUGACUAUGUCUGGCUUGUACAUUUUUUAACUCAGAACCUUGCUUUUAACCAAUAAUUAAUAAAAAAAAUACAGUGUGGUGUUUGUUGGUACAUGUAACAGUGAAACCUGAUGUAAGGAUUGAAACAAUAUUUCUAAAGCCAGAAAUUUGAUCUGGUUCAUUUUCACAAAUUUUUCUGUAAUGAAUGUAAGUUUAUUAUGUGUGUUGCAAGUAUAAACAGUAAUAAUGUUGCUUGCAUAUUUAUGCAGACAAUAUAAUGUAUAUAUACAUUUGGCACUAAAUCAAAAAACAGUUUACUCAGGGAUGUAUAUUUGAACUAACACCACUGCUUAAGAUGAAGCAUAAUUUAAAUGUCCAAAAUAAUCCACAUAUCAUCUAGUUGGUUGUGUAAACUGUAUGUUUAUAUUCCUGAAACAAUAAAUUGCCUGCCUUUUUGGUAAAAAUUAUUGUCUGUGGAUAUGUGAUGAAAGUCAUAGUAAUAAACAUCCUGAUCACAUCUUUGGAACAGAAA